AUGAGUUGUAAUGAAAGCCCUGCUCGUUUUGCAAAACGUUAUGGAUUACAUGGUAUUACAUUAUCAUCAAUAGGAAUGGAUGAUGUUACUGGAGAAUGUGGACAAGGUCCUUAUCCCUUAUUACAUGCUGUUGCUGAUGUUUUCGAUUUAUAUAUUAAUAAAUCAUCAGGCAUUUCAAUAACAAAAACAUAUUAUAGUUCAAUACCUUUUACAUUGGAUAAAAUUGAUGUUCGUCUUUGUACACAUUUAUUAAUUAAUUGUAAUAGCUCUUUAUUAUCAUCAUCAAUUUCUGAUAAAUUAAAAAAAAUAAAUUCGAAUUUAAAAAUUCUUCUUAAAAUACAAUUAAAUGAUGAUGAUAUAAAUAUAAAUCAAUUAAAAAUAGAUAUUAAUGAUAAAAAAGUUGACGGUAUUAAUAUAAAUAUUAAUUCAAAAACAUUUUCAAAUAAUAUAACUGAAAUAAUUAAGACAAUUCGAAAAUCAUGGUCGAAUAAAUAUUUAUUAACAAUUUCAUUUCAAGUUCCAACAGAUUCAACUGAUCAAACAUCAUUUCUUCAAAUGAUUGAAUUACAUAAAUAUUUUGAUUUACUUAUUCUUCUUCCGUUCGAUAAAAAAUCCAUAGAAAAUUAUAAUAAUAUUCAACCAUGGAAUAGUCUCUCUUCUUUUAUACCAGUUAAUCCAACAAAAAAUAUUGGAGAUUUUUCUAUGAUAUCAAUACUUCAUUUUGUUCUUUCAACUGGUUUACCAAAAGAAAAAUUAAUUAUGAGUAUUCCAACAUAUGGUUUAGCAUUUAAAUUAGAAGAUGAAAACAAAUAUCAAAUUGGUGAUCAUAUAGCAAAAAAAGAUUUUUCAGACCGUAUUAUACAUAAAGUUGGAAUACUUUCUUAUCAUAAAAUUUGUCAUCGUAUUCAAUCGCAUCAUUAUAAAAGAAUUUUUAAUAGUCAAAGUAUUUUAGUUACUGCUCAUUCAGAGAAAAACUUUAUUAUAUUUGAUGAUAUAGAACCAAUAAUGUUAAAUAAUAAUAUUAGUAUUAAUGGCACAAUUGAAUUAAAAGCAAAAUUUAUAAAAAAUUCACAAUUAGCUGGAGUAUUAAUAGAUUCAAUUGAUAUGGAUGAUUACACAGGUGUAUUUUGUCAUAAUGGUGUAUUUCCAAUCACAUCAACAAUUUUUCGUGUAUUCUUUAAUGAAACAACAUCUAAAAGCUCAAUUAAUAUAUGUGCAAAUGUGAAAACACUGGAAAUUCUUCCAGAUGAAAAUGAUUCACGUUAUUAUUACGUAUGCCAACCCAAUUCAGACAAACCAUAUGCUCAUCUCAUGUGUCCAUUAAAUAUGUAUUUCCAAGAUAAAUAUUGUGUUGAAGAACUAUCAGUAAGUUUUGAAUAUAUUUCUAUGUUAAAGUUUUACACCGGACUUUUUUUUUAUUCAUCAAGUUUUUAUAGACGUCUUGUAGUAGCAUUAGUAUUAAAUAAACGUUAA